CGAGCGUCGAAGCUUUCAUAUUCCGCGAAGCAAACAUUUUCUUCUCCGAUGUGAAGGCGCUUGUUGUGUUAUCAAAACCAUGCCUUCGUAUAUUCAUAUAUAUAUACGAAGGUCUCUAAAGGGGGAAUACCUAUGUGGACAUUACCGUCUCUCGCAUAUGACUUGACGUGGCAGCACCGUCAGAAGCAUCAGCUAAAGCCUCGGAAUUGGCUCUCUUCAGUUCAUUUUAGCAAGAUGGCGAGUAGCUACAUUUCAAAGAUUUAUGCGGCGAUGCUGUCCGAAACGGAGAAUCAGUCUGCCGUAUUGAAUUCACACACACCCCAAGAUUUUACGGUGUCGCGGCUACUCGCCACCUCGAAUCAUAACUUAGAAUGUAACGAGAUCACAUCGGUGAGUGGUAGUAGACGACCAAGACGAAGUCGCACAACUUUCUCAGCUCAACAGCUUGCAGCCCUCGAGCGAGUUUUCGAGAGAACUCACUAUCCGGACGCUUUCGUCAGAGAAGAAUUGGCCACGAGAGUCUCGCUAUCAGAAGGUCGUGUGCAGGUGUGGUUCCAAAAUCGCCGAGCAAAAUUCCGUCGGCACGAGCGCAGCUCAGCGAUGAGCCGCGGCAGCGGUAGCAGCACGCGCGAGAUAGAAGCAACGAUACCCUUGCGUCCCAUCCGUCUGAAGCCAAUCAGCGAGCCAAGCAGCAGUCCCGAGUCCGUCCAGCAGCAACCAAAUUCACAUCAGCAGCCGCAGCAAAGCCCUGCGGCUCAGGUCAAUCCUUACGCUUACAACGACUACUGGCGCCAGCAAUCCUAUGUGCCGUCGCCGACGGCAAGUGCCGCGAGUUUCGCUCUGCCCUCGUCUUAUCAUCACCAUCAUCAUCAAUCGAGUGAGCUUCAUCAUCACCAUCACCAUCAUCUCCAGGGUGCGCUCAGGUUACGAUCGCACCCCUACGCCAAUGCGGCUGCUUACUCGGCGAUGCACGCUAGCUUAUGACUUCAGUCAUUCACUGUUUCUUUUUCUUUUUCGAGUUUCUAAGUGAUAUUAUAGUGUGCGAUACUGUGUCAAGUGAAGUUAGUAAAUUACGUUUGUACGUGCAACGAAACUACUUUGAUCGAUAUUAUUUGUAUCAUUUAGAAUAAGUUAUAAGAUGUCUAUUAUACCACGCACGGAAUAGUACAUUACGAUGAAAGUGCGGGAAAAUAGAUUCUUGUUUCGUGUAGCGUUUACACCCGAGCGAAGCGAAGCGCACUUGCAUCGUAAUGUACUAUUCUAUGAUUUAACUCUCAAGUAUAUUCGCAUGUACAAUCACGUAUAUAAUUAUGCACUACAGCCUCGUCCAAAGAU